CUCAAGGUUCAGACAACUCUUUGACACACACACACAUGAUUUGGCCUUUUGCUGUGAAAGGGCAGCGUGACCUUCGAGGUAAUAAGAAGAGUAAAGAGCUAGCAGUUAAGAUAAGUUUCUGCUGCACCUGUAUUGUUUAUCAUCUGAUUCAACUUAAACUAUAACAUAACUAGCAUGUUUACGUGGGCUGUAAAUCCGCUUUACUGGAAAUUUGGGUGUAGGCCCGAUAUCUCAGGAGAUGCAACAAUGAUUCAGAGCACACAUGGGGAUGUAAAACUUAUCAGUCUUUUUUUGUGUCAAUGUUUGAGGUGGCUGUUGUGUAAAGGGGCUUUGGAUUUUUCACAUGUAGAUGUAUCCCUCCCCCUAUUUUGUUUGAUUUCGCAGCAGUUUAAUUCACUCGCAUUUAUCGGAUACAUUCAAGGUUUUUCAUGUUAUUUUACAAUCCAAUUAACACAAUUCAAACUAAGAAGGCAGACUUGCGUUGCAAUUUACGACAGAGCCACUCGCUGCAAAUAGAAGUCUAUCAGCAUGUAUACUGCUAAUAGCCUUGACACAUCAGAGCACAAGUGAACAGCCAUAAUCUCAACACAUAAACCAACUUGUACACAUGUUUUUUUGUUGUUGAUAAAAUCCCCAGGCAUGAAUGAAUUAAGCAGCCAACACCGCCUCCCAUGCGGAACCAUUAAGAAAUGACACAAGACUAAGACGACUCCGGAAAUAUUAAAAGUGAACACUAUCGGUUUCCGGUUAGAUUUUUAUUUUGAAUUUUGAAAAGCUUGAACGACGACUAGGCAGAUUAGGGCUUACUAUAAGUCAUGUCCACGCUGUUCCCCUCUCUUUUCCCUCGGAUCACUGAGUCCUUAUGGUUCAACCUUGACCGACCCUGCGUGGACGAGACCGAGCUGCACCAGCAAGAGCAGCAGCACCAAACCUGGCUGCAGAGCAUUGCUGAGAAAGACAACAACCUGAUGCCCAUUGGGAAACCUAUUUUCGAUGUUUCGGCAGGAUAUGAUGAAGAAGAAGAAGAGGACGAUGAGGACGAAGAGGACAGCGAAGAAGACUCUGAAGAUGAAGAAGACAUGCAAGACAUGGACGAGAUGAAUGACUACAAUGAGUCACCUGAUGACGGCGAAAUAAAUGAGGUGGACAUGGAGGGACCAGACCAAGACCAAGACCAGUGGAUGAUAUAAGACAAAAGACUAUGUUAGUCUCCAUUAUGCUGUCUGGCAAAGGAUUGCUGCCUCCACACUUGUACCUUGAAAGCUACCCCUUCAGUCUUGGAUGUAGAUAUUUUUUUUAUCUUUGUGAACAGGACAAGUGAAACGUAGAAUCAAAGUGUGCUACAUGUCAUCUUAGUGGGUGAUGGCCAUGAAGGCUAUGAACAUUGUUGGACUUGGUUGUGAGUGUUGCUACCUUAACACAAUCACAUUGUUACAAAGUGAGGGCAGUUAAAACUGUGGCACAGGCAGAUGUUCAGGCACCUGAGCUGUGAGCACCUGUCCUGCUGUUUGGUUUCUCUUAGUGUGAAUGCUCUAUGAUGGACACACACACUUACACAUACAAGCUCCCACUUCAGCCAGUUGAACAAGUACACACACAGUGGCAGCAGUAGGCAUCAGCCUAUUCAUCUUUUUAAACUUUAACUUUGUCAUGUGCCACUUCUCAAGAGUUCCUCCGAACAGCUGACUGGGCACAGACAACAGUUCAGUCAGCUAAAAAAUGUGUUAUCUAUUUAGGAGACAUGUAGAAACUUCAUUAUAUUAUCCAAUCCAGUGUGUUUUACCCUGCACAUCUUUAGUUACAAACAAAUGGGUUUUUUUGUAAAGAUUGCAAUAUUAUGUUCACAAAAUGCUUUUUAAUAUGCUUUAAUUAUGCUUAAAGUAAAAGCCAUUACCACUGAAAAAUACUGAUUGAAAUGUGAAAACAACAGUAGAUAUCCAUCUUCUUCUCUCAUGUGUAAGACAAAGGUUUGCCCACCAAAGCUUUGAUUAUUUAUACUGAAAUAAACCCUUUUUUAAAAAAAUGAA